CUCAGAUGCACACGCACAUCCUCCCACCCUCGCAUUAUACUCCUCCUCACACACACUUGCAGCACAUGCAUUGAGUGGAAGCCAGCCACUGUGUGCUACACACUCCUGAGGAAAGCAGCAGUGGCGAGAUGCUGCAUGCCUACUGAUCAUUUUGCAACCAGAGCAUGGAAGCCAACAAGUGGACAUAAAAGAAGACACAGCAGCAGCAGCGUGUGCAGGAUUACACGAGCACUUCAUGCAUGUUUGUGUCACGGCCACAGGACAUAUGAUUAUCUGCUGCUGACGGGAGCUUCCGGAGUUCUGGGAUCUAAAAGAGUUGCGUGUUGAAAGGCAGCGGCGGUCAUGUCAGAGGGACGCUCAGCGCACGUGCUUGCGGCGGUCUGCUUGAUUUGGCAAGUUGCAUCGAUGACUGCAACGGAGAGUAAACUCUGGGAAGUGCCCACAACUUCCUCCAGCUUCAUGGAAAGCCUGCAAUGGCAGCCCCACUGCCACUACCGCCACCAUCAGGAAAGAGUGAAAAUCACAGCAGAAACACCACCAAGGCUGGAUGGGACCUGGUUAUCAACCAGAUGUGAAGUGCGUCCAGGCCCAGAGUUCCUCACCCGUUCCUAUACCUUCCACCCGACUCGUCACUUCCAGGCAUUGCAGCACUACUAUGCCGACAGCCGGUGUGAGAAUCCCACCUAUUCCCUGGCAAUCCGAGGCAAGCUCCGUCUCCGCCAGGCCUCCUGGAUCACCCGCGGAGCCACCGAAGCCCACCAUCACCUCAGCGGGGUGACCAUCGUUGUCCACAGCUUGGCAGCCAAGCAGAAACUGAACUCCAGGCUGGCCCCGUCCUGCGUGGCUCCGAGCCUGGCUCGAUUGGUUCCCGGGAAGCCGCAGGACCUUUACAAUACCCGUGCGGGAAGAGAGUGCCUGUCGGCUUUGGGCUUCUCCAUGAUGGAGCUGGAUUUGGUUCGGGUGGAGACGCAACACCACAACCAUGGGGAGAAAAUCCAGGAGCUCUUCUUAGGGGACAUACACACUGAUUGGACCCAGAGGACUCACUAUAGACCAACAGGAUACCAGCAGCCACUGCAGAGUGCCUUGCAUCAUAUCCAUCCUUGCCCAGCGUGCGCCCUGGUGUACCGCUCCACAGAACAACGUCCCCCAGCUAUGCCCCGUCAAACGCAAGCCCCUAUUUCCUUGGCCGGACGUUGGUCAAGUCAGCAAUGUGAAACUCGCCCCACCAUUCUCUUCCUCACCAGAGAGUUCCACUUUGAUCCCGACCAACAAGCGUGGGAGGGGAUCUACCGCCACUAUUCGGACCCCCUUUGCUCCCAGAACACCUUCACCCUGAGAGCUUCUGGUCACUAUGCUCAGGGAAACCCUUCAGUCAAGGUACCAGGAGCCACAGAGUUUGUCUUUAAGGUGACCGAAGUGAGAGUGACGGCUGAAGAUGAGUCCACAGCAAAGUUGUUGAACAGGACAAGGGCAGGAAAGUGCGGGCAGGCCGGAGAGUGGAAGGUCAGAGAAGAACAGGCCCUGAGCUCUACGCACGGGUGCACGGUUCUUGGCCUCAAGCUGCCACAUAAGGAAUAUGAGCUUCUCAAGGUUGAGCUGGACCACAGGGGACACCCGCUGUUGUAUGUUGGAGAAAGGCCGACGGACGGUUCCAGCCCAGACCGUCCGACGAGGAGGGCCACUUCCUUUCAGGCUCCCUUAAUGCUUUGCAGCGACGCAGAGACACAGCCCUCCAGUCACUACGGUUUAGGCUUUAAAAGCAAACAAGUCCAAACUAAGACCAGUGGGACCGGGAGCCUGACACCGUUCCUCUUGAUGGUCCUAGGAUCUGCCCUAUGCAGCUGGAGUUGUGUUUAUUAGAAAACUUGGCACAGUGACGGACGGACAUGGUUCUCCCUCAUUACAAGACAUUUAGGGUAGCCAAAUAGACAGUUCAGAAGUGCUCCAACUAAUGCUUUUUUUUCCCCCCCACUCCACUUGUUGGACCUUCACUUUCAAGAUUCUAAGAUACAAAUCCAGGUUGACUUCAAACUAAUCUUCACCAACACAGUCAGUACUGUAUGGCCUAAAAAGAUUCGACCGUCAUAUUUUGUGGAAAAGGCUGCUUUUGAUGUAUUGCCAUCAUGACAAAUCCAGAGAAGGGUCUGCAGAGCGAGCUCUGGCUCUUUGAGCCAGGACACAGUAGAACUAAUGCACUUUGUGCAGACCAUUGUUUGUACUGGAAACGAAAAGCAGCCAACAAGAGGACAUUUGUAAUCAGUCCUACCAGCUAUGGGUCCAAUUGCGGCAUAAGACGUUGCUCUUCUUUUAAAAGCCUUUAAGCAUCCAGUGACUAUUUAUUUGAUCACCAUAGAAACAGUAUAUACUGUUAUACUGUCAGUUAUUUAAAAGAUUUUUGUAAGCAGUAUUCAUUCAUUUCUUUGCAUUAAAAGUGGCUUUCCAAAA